GGCUUGACUUCCUUCCACAGUUCAGUUGGAUUUCUUCCUCAACCUGUAGCAAAAAUCCUUGUAUUUGGAAAAGGAAAACCCUAAACCCUCUUCCUUCUGAUUCAUAUUCAGAUGAGGCUCUCUCUGUGUCUAAAAAUGAAGCUCUAUCCAAGCCUCCUGAUUUCUCUCUUGCCAAAACGCUUUAUAAAGACAGCACCUUCUCCUCCCACAACUCCACUACCCACCAGAAGUAAUACCACCUCAUCUUCUCCAUCAUCGUUUACACUUCAAUUUCUUGUUAACUCAUGUGGGCUUCCUUUAGAAACUGCUCUUCCUGCAUCCAAGAAGUUCCAUCUCAACGAGAAGAACAUCCACAAGACUCAAUCUUUGCUCCAUUUCUUGAAAUCUCACCACUUUGUGGACACCCAUAUCGCCGAUCUGAUAAAAAAGAUGCCCGCUUUCCUUGGUUGUAAAGUAGAAAACAAUCUAAAGCCCAAGUUCGAGUUCCUCGCCGCAAAUGGCGUUGCUGGUAACCUCCUUCCCCAACUUAUCCUAUCAAAUCCUGAUAUUUUGUGGACGUCCUUGGAUUCUACUAUCAAACCAUCUUUUAAGUUUUUGAAGUCUUUUCUUGGUACCAAUGUGAAAAUUACAGCGGCUCUUAAGCGUUGUUCAUGGUUGUUGAGAGUUAAUCGGAACAGAACUAUGCAAACAAAUAUUGAUUUGUUGAUUAAAGAAGGAUUGCCUCUUGACCGGCUUGCAAAACUCAUUAUCUCGAAUCCAAGAUCUCUGCUAUCUAAGCAUGAUAAGAUAGUUUAUGCAGUGAAUUCUGUUAAGAAUCUGGGCCUUGAAACAAACGAUACUAUGUUCAUAUAUGCUCUUGGGGUGAAGAUGAAAAUGACUGACACGACUUGGAAGAAGAAAAUUGAGGUGAUGAAGAGUUUGGGUUGGAGUGAAGAGGAGAUUUUCGGCACUUUCAAGCGAUGCCCUCAAAUAUUGCAAUACUCGGAGAAGAAAAUCAGGAUUACCGUGGAUUUUUUUAUCAAUUCCGUUGAUUUGGGACCAGAAAUUCUACUGGUCUAUCCUUCUUUGUUUUGCCUCUCAGUUGAUAACAGGAUUCGUCCAUGGUAUAAUGUUAUUAAUGUUUUGAAGUCAAAGAACCUGAUUAAAAGAGAAAAGAAGUUUCCUUCUUUGCUACUGAUGAGUGAGAAGAAAUUCUUGGAGAAUUAUGUUGAUAAGUAUGUGGAUGAUGUCCCUGGUUUAUGGGAGGUGUAUACGGGCACUGCCAACACAAAGAAGAAAGGCACUUGAUGACAGAGAUGCUGGUUGAUGAUGGUAGCAAGAUGGGAAAAUUGAACUUUACGUUGUGCGAAAAAGGUUGGAAACUGGAGUGCAGUGUGAACCAUUGAUUAAACAAGGAAUUGUGUAGGGAUGUACUCUUAUGCGAGCUAUGAUUCUGGUUUGCCAAACAGUUAAGGAAUGCUCAGGGAAAUGUCGAGGAUACUUAACCCUAUUUGGGAAGGGUUAGGGUACAGAUAGGUAGAUUUGGACGGUCAAUGAUUUGGGGAAACUUCAGUGCAACACUACUUACUGGCUGUUUGAUGAUCAGGUAAAAAUGAUAAGAGCAUUUCUCUGAAGGUGGUGAUGAAAAUGAAGAGAGCGGUUUCUUUGAAGCAGUAUCAAUGGUCAUUUAUGGCUUUGGUUCCAUCAAAGGAGAAGAUCAGAUAUUAAGAAUUGCCAUUGCCAGUUGGCUCCAUGCUCUGGGAUACAAAUAUUUGCUGAUGCAUUGCCAAACUCGAAAGGAUGGUCUCAAAGCAACAGUGUUUCUACAAGGGAGAGGUUGAUUUUAGACUUACAGUGAAUAAAAGCCUCGGUUUCAAUUUCUGUGAGGUGCUCAAAUCAUUAUAUUUAUGCUUUAGUGAAGGUUCCUUCAGUCCAUGUUGGGUUACAAGCUUUGGAGGCUAGGAAAUAUUCAUGUUUUUUUGCGCUCGUCCUGUGCUCUGGGGUAAGUUGUUCCACUUUCCGAGUGCCUUAAUGUAAAUGUCUACCAUUUCUUUCUGUUGGGUUAAUGUAAAUGUCUACCAUUUCUUUC